AACGAUUUUGUAGCCGGCCGACAUUGCGAUUUCGUUAAAAACUUCUGCUUUGAGUGAAAAAUAUGAUCUUUUCCGUAGUCUGUGUAAAAUCAUCAACGCCUCACCGAUUCAGAUAAAACCCACCAGAGCUCAUAAUCUUCUCAGUGUUACUGUUACCCCUAAAAAUAUGCGGGUUGGUUGGGCGUAAUGUGAAACAUUCAACUCUGUAUGACCAUUACAAUCAUCCAGCUGGAGUUUUAGCCUUCUUUAGACGAAGCACCGAGCACUUUUAUUGUGCUUCAUGAGUAAUAUGAAGCAAAGAGAACAUCAUGAAAUUCCUUGCAGUUUAAAUAUAGAGGUUGACACAAUAAGCAACUUACCGGGGCACAUUGUUGACAAAAUCCUGUCGCAUUUACCUCUGAGGGAUGCUGUUCGAACAAGUAUUUUGGCAAGCAAGUGGAGAUACAGAUGGGUUACCCUACCUUAUCUCGUGUUCGAUAAUCACUCUGUUUUAGUCUCCACCCAAGAUCAAACACUUACAAAGAACAAACUAGUGAGUAUUGUUGACCAUGUCUUACUACUUCACAAUGGUCCGAUACACAAAUUUAAGCUUUCCCAUAAAGAUCUCCAAGGUGUUAGCGAUAUCGAUAGAUGGAUUCUAUACCUAUCAAGGGGUUCUGUGAAAGACUUUAUUCUUGAAAUAUGGAAAGGUCAUCGAUACAGGCUUCCAUCGUCUAUAUACUCGUGUCAAAAGCUCGUACACUUGGAGCUUUUUAACUGCCUCUUAAAACCUCCGCCACUCUUCAAUGGCUUUAAGAGCUUGAAAAGCCUUGAUCUUCAACACAUCACAAUGGACCAAUUGGCCUUUGAGCAUAUGAUAUCAAGCUGCCCCUUACUGGAGAGGCUGACAUUAAUGAACUUUGAUGGCUUUGCCCUUCUUAAUAUUCACGCUCCAAAUCUCCUUUUCUUUGAUGUUGGAGGUGUGUUCGAAGACGUCAGUUUCCAGGAUACUCUCCAUCUUGCCGUUGUUUCUAUUGGUUUGUAUGUUAAUUCUGGAAUUGAGAGGAAUCUAGCUUUUGGCAGCACGGGGAAUUUGAUUAAGUUCUUUGCUUGUCUACCCCAUAUUCAACGGCUUGAGGUGCAAAGCUUUUUCUUAAAGUAUUUGGCUGCUGGUAUUAUUCCUGGGAAACUACCAUCUCCAUGUCUUGAGCUUAGUUUUCUUUCAAUUCGCAUCAAUUUUAAUGAUAUGGAAGAGAAUUUGGCUGCUCUUUGCCUUUUGAGAAGUUCUCCCAAUCUUCAGGAGCUUGAGCUACUGGCUCGCCCAGAGGAACAGGUUACUGCUAGAAUGGCUUCUAACAUCUCAGACAUUUUUCAGAACUUCCCUUUCAAUCAACUGAGGCUUAUUAAGAUUGUUGGAAUUUCUGGCAUUAGACAAGAACUCAGUUUCAUCAACUUCUUGCUUGCAAAUACACCCGUUCUUGAACGAAUGACUGUUAAACCAUCCUCAGUGGAUAGCGGAUGGGAUUUAGUGAAGGAGUUACUCCGGUUUCGACGAGCUUCCAUGUUUGCAGAGAUCAUUUAUCUCGAUCCAUAGGGCAGUCGACCAUGGUAAAGCAGCCGAUAAAUUUCUUCUUUAAAUAUGAGCAUUUCAUGCUGUUGAAAGAGAAGGAAGAGAUGGAGACAUCAUUGUUACCCAUUUCGUUUUCUUCUAAGUAUCUUAUUACUUUUGAAAUAUUGGAAUGUAUGAUGGCUUGCUUGGAAUUGGUUGCUGUUUAUGUCCUUGGAUGCUUGCUGUGACCUUUGUUUUUACUUUAGUGAAUAUUAUUUUGAAAAA